AUGGCUGUAUUAAACAGUUCGAGUAAAAUGCGUCCGUCGAUCGCGCAAUUCUACGCCGGUAAGAACGUGUUUAUCACCGGUGGAUCGGGCUUCAUUGGGAAAUGCGUAAUAGAGAAGCUGCUGAGAACCUGCCCCAACGUCGGAGGACUCUACCUUCUGAUGCGACCGAAGCGCGAUAAGACGCCAGAGGAACGACUGCAGAAAGUUCUCGAGUCUGAUCUGUUUAACGCUGUAAAGAAUGAAACCCCCGAUAGCAUCGAAAAGCUGCACAUCAUCAUCGGCGAUGUCAUUGAACCACAGCUCGGCAUGUCCGACAGUGACUACGAGCUGCUAACUGACAAAAUCAACGUCAUUCUUCACGUCGCAGCUUCGAUCAACUUCACCGAGCCUCUCAGGAAUGCAGUAACGACCAACGUUAUUGCUGUUAAAGAUAUGCUGGUGCUCUGCAGAAAGUGCAAACACCUGCAGGCCAUCGUUCACACUUCUACAGCAUUUGUGCGGCCAAACCUUGAAGUCAUAGAAGAGAAAUUCUACGAAUUCAAGGGAGACUACAAUGACGUCAUCGCCACUGUUAUGGAUGGCGACGACGCGGCAGCGGAACGUAUAACCCCAGAGCUUCUUGGCGACGCACCAAACACCUACGUCUACACAAAACACAUGGCAGAAUGCGUGUUGGCGGACGAGGCGAGUGACCUUCCGAUAGCUAUCGUCAGGCCAACCUUGGUGACCUCCACGUGGAAGGACGAUCCUAUAAGUGGCUGGAUAGAGUCGAUGGCUCACUUGAGCGGAGUCCUCAUCUUGACUGCCAAGGGUUACUUACGAGUGAAGUUGGUGGAUGUAACUAAAGAGAUCGACAUGGUGCCGGUGGAUGUUGUGUCGAACUGCAUCAUUGCAGCGGGCUGGAGGCUGGGCACCAGCGAGCCCACCCUCACGAUUCCCAUCUACAACAGCAGCAGCACGGGGUGCCACCGGAUGACCUGGACCGAGUUUAAAGGAAUAUCGUUAUACCAUAUGCAAACUCAGCCCUUCAAGGAUCUAGUGAGAUUGCCCUACGUCUACAUGGUGCUAUCUUUCUCUCUAUUUCAGGUCAUGUCGAGGCUGUUCCAUGAUGCGCCUGCGAUCAUACUCGACCAAGUGUCAAGACUGCGAGGAAAGAAAUCGAGUUGCUGA